GUGUGUGUGCAUGUGCGUGUGCAUUGUGUCUUUUCAAGAUAGAUAUUUAUGUCUUGUUCUUACGGUUGUUGGCCACUCCCAAUGUAAACCCUGAAUCGGAAUAAGAAAGUAGGAAAGGCAGUAGAGUGAGUGUGUGGACAUGAUAAGGUCUCUUACACUGUGUCAAGAAACAGCUGUUAGUCUAAUACAAAGCAGAACUACCAAAGACUGAUUCACAAGAAAGAAUAGGAGAAAAAAAAAGGAGUUUUACGUGAGAAUUUUCUAACUAAUUUAACAUAGACGCACUGGUAGGACCAGUUUCAGGGUGUGUAAAUAGCAGCACACUGCCAAGUGGAUUUAGCUGUCUUCUAACUGCUUUAGGUUUCUGAAAGUGUUUGUAUACAGGAACAUUGCUAUUCAAAGGAUAAAGAGUCGGCAGAGUUCUUCGACAUGCUGGAAAGGAUGCAGGACGACUACAUCCCUUACCCCCGGAUUGAGGAUGUCCUGGUGAAGGGAGGUCCCUACCCUCAGGUCAUUUUACCUCAGUUUGGUGGCUACUGGAUUGAGGAUCCUGAGGCCCCAGUUGGAACACCCACCUCCUCAGACUGUAGUUUUUGUGAGGAGGAGGAGGAUGAUGGUUUGAGUCCUGGUGGUGGAGGAGGUGGCUUUGGAUAUCGGCUGGAAUGUAACAGCACUUCACGGGCCUUUCGCAAACACUUUCUUGGCAAGGAGCACAUGAACUAUUACUGCACUGCCAGUAGUAUGGGCCACCUCAUCAUGUCUUUGAAGUACGAGGACGGAGAUGGACAGGAGUCACUCCGUAUUAUGCUCAGGUCAAAAACAAAGACCCUUCAUGAACGGAUUCCACUUGAAGGCCUCCUCCAGUUACCAAGCAUACCACAGAUAGCCAAGCUGCUUUGCGAUGACGUCACAGGUCUGAAGUUCAACCCUGCUCUUUACCCUAAGGCCUCGCAACUGAUCGUAUGUUUUGAUGAGCACGAGGUGAACAACACUUUCAAGUUUGGCGUGAUCUAUCAGAAGUUUGGUCAGACAUCAGAAGAAGUGCUAUUCGGGAACAACGAGGAGACUCCAGCAUUCGCUGAAUUCCUCAGUGUUUUAGGAGAUAAUAUUGAACUGCAGGAUUUUAAAGGAUUCAGAGGCGGUCUGGAUGUAUCUCAUGGGCAGACUGGAUCUGAGUCUGUCUAUACUAUGUUCCGUCAGAAAGAAAUUAUGUUCCACGUUUCCACAAAACUCCCCUUUACAGAAGGAGACAUUCAGCAGCUCCAAAGAAAAAGACAUAUUGGCAAUGACAUCGUGGCUGCCGUCUUCCAGGAGGAGCCCACGCCAUUUGUACCUGACAUGAUCGCAUCCAACUUCCUUCAUGCCUACAUCUUAGUGCAGGCUGAAAACCCCUGCACUGACCAUACCACAUACAAAGUGUCUGUCACAGCUCGAGAGGAUGUGCCUCCAUUCGGCCCCACUCUGCCGAACCCUCCAGUCUUUAAGAAAGGACCUGAGUUCCGGGAAUUUCUGCUGGCAAAAUUGAUUAACGCAGAAAAUGCUUGUUACAAAUCAGACAAGUUCGCCAAGCUGGAGGAGAGGACACGCGCGGCACUGUUAGAUAACCUUCAUGAUGAGCUCCACAGACAGACACAGGCCACAAUAGGACUUGGCUCAGCUACAGAUGAAGAAAAACUAGAAAACGGAGGUCAUGGAGGGCUUCUGGAAUCAUUUAAGAGGGCCAUGCGUGUGAGGAGUCACUCUAUGGAAACGAUGGUGUCUCAUAAACACAAGAGUCCAGGAGCCACAGCAGGGGUCCCAUCUAGCUUCAGUGGUGGAGGACUUCAGCAGAACAGUAUGGAGUGUACCAAGAGCACCUUCACUCCUCCAGUGCUGUCUGCAAAGUCUCCUUUAAAGAGUCCAGUAAAGAGGAGGUCUGGUCUGUUCCCCAGACUGCACUCCAGCACAGAGAGUCCAACUGAGAAACACCCAAGUCGCAGUGACCAAAAAUCUGAAGUUUUCCCUCACUCACAGGAUGUGAGGUCAGAGACAUCAUCCAAUCCAAGUUCACCAGAGAUCUGCCCAAACAGAGAAAGGCCAUUUGUGAAGCUGAAAGAGUGCAGCGGCAGAGCCAAUAUAUCAAUCUCCCGAUCAUCCUCCAGCACCAGCAGCUUCAGCAGCACAGCGGGGGAUGGAGAUGGCCUGGAGGAGCUGGACACGAGCAGUCACCCAUCCAUGGCCUCAUCUGUGUACAGUCCAUCUCUCAGUGUGGAAAGCCAGAACUCUGGAAUGCCACUGAUCAUGUGCCGCAGUCCCACAGAUGGAAAGAGCAAAACUUCACCAAGGUCAAACUUGAAAUUCCGCUUUGAUAAACUGAGCCACUCCACAGGUAACUAAGGUCAUACAAAAGACUGAAAGGACAAAAGCAACUUUCAACAGAUUUUUAUAGAUUCAACUACAAAAGGGACCCUUUUCUUUUGACAAUGCAACAGUUAUUAAUGUUACAAGCAUAAUACACAACUGAACACUAUACAAACUGAUCACAGAACCACUGUCCUACAAACCCACACACAAUGUCAAGGGUUUAGGUGACAGAACACAAGUCUUAAUAGAAAUAGCAACACAUGUCUCUGUUUCAGCUAUCUAAAUGUAGUAGUGCUCAUACAAGUGUUCAAAUCUAUCCUUGCAGCCAUUGCUUUCUUGACGGAUGAUAAAUAUUAACACAGCCUCUUGAAAUACUUGAACAGCACACAGUCAUUACAUGUUACAAGAGAUAAGGAGUGCAAAACUGCAUUUUAAGCACCCCAAAUUGUACAGCCACAAUUCAGUCUUUUGGGGGUCAUUUGAGUAACACAUUGCCCUUCAGUGUAAGCCUUACUAUGCUCUUCUGACACAGAAAUGGAUUGGUUUGUGAUUUUAUUUGUGAGUGAUGUGAGAAGAGGUAAUAUUUACUUUACCAAAGAGGAAGAUUACCAGGGUGGUAUAAAGAGAAAUUAUUUAACAAGAAAAAUACACACUUUAUUAUAUUUUUGAAGCAGAAUAGAUCUAUUCAGAAGAUUUCAGUGUACAUUUCACUCUUCAAAUUUAGACUUCACAGUAUAUUUGUGCAACACUGAGUUGGCAGCUAUUGCUAACUUUAUUGAACAAGUAGAUUGCUGUAAAGGGUCAACAAAUUUUUUUAAAACACACAUUUAUUUUCUCUUUCAAAUAUAUAGACAGUCAAUUUGAUUUACUCUCGCUGGUUCAAUUCUAUUUCUCAUUGAGUUCUCAAGUGGAGACAAAAAACACAGACACAAUACAGAUUCUCAAUGUCAGAAUUUUCAAUUGUAGAUGUGUCAAAAAUAUAUUUCAUAGAUUCUCGUCUGGCAGAACGACACAGUCAUGAACGUUUCAUUUUAAAGGGAUUUUGGAAAUUCUAUGUUAUUUAUUUGCAUACGUUUGUCUCUUUCCAUUCAGUCAGUAGUCACAGUGGUAAUCACUGGUGUGGGCAUUAGAGAAGAGAUUGAGAUUAAUAUUCAUGUAUAAUAGUGAGAACUUUGUUUGAUAUAAAAGGUGUUGGCAUAUAUGUUUGUACUGCUGCCAUAAUUUAUUGCUUUUGAAAUUUGUUGAUGUUACGUUAAGUAUAAUUGCACUGUACGCAGAGUCAGAUAAAUUAAGAUUAUUUUAAAGAUCAUGCAUAUGUAUAUUUGGUUGGCAUGUGCCAUUAUGAAUUUAUUAUCAAAUAAAAUGUAUUUUGU